GGAGCGGACUGGUUGUGCGGGAUUUUUUUUCCCUACUUCUUCCCGCGCGCUUUCGCUCCCUGUCCUUAGGUUGCAUCUGUGGGCGCGCGGCAAACAGCCGCGAAGGCGAGGACCUGGGGUUCAUCUGCAGGAAAGCAUGCCUCAGACGCCUCCCUUUUCAGCAAUGUUUGACAGCAGUGGUUACAACCGAAACCUCUAUCAGUCUGCAGAGGACAGCUGUGGAGGGCUGUAUUACCAUGACAACAACCUCCUCUCCGGGUCUCUGGAAGCACUCAUCCAGCACCUAGUGCCUAACGUGGAUUACUAUCCGGAUAGAACAUACAUAUUUACCUUUCUACUCAGUUCUCGGUUAUUUAUGCAUCCCCAUGAGCUAAUGGCCAAAGUUUGCCACUUAUGUAUGGAGCACCAGAGACUAAAUGAUCCUAACUGCGAUAAGAACCAGAUAAAAAAAAUUGCACCCAAAAUCCUUCAACUCCUGACAGAAUGGACAGAAACAUUUCCUUAUGAUUUUCGGGAUGAAAGAAUGAUGAGAAACUUAAAAGAUCUGGCUCACCGAAUAGCCAGCGGCGAGGAGACUUAUAGGAAGAACGUCCAGCAGGUGAUCCAGUGUCUAAUCCGCAAACUUGCUGCCCUCAGCCAGUACGAGGAAGUCCUGGCAAAAAUCAGCUCCACGACGACCGAUCGGCUCACCGUCCUCAAGACCAAGCCACAGUCCAUACAAAGGGACAUCAUCACUGUCUGCAGUGACCCUUACACGCUGGCCCAGCAGCUGACUCACAUAGAGCUGGAAAGGCUCAAUUACAUCGGACCAGAAGAAUUUGUUCAGGCAUUUGUGCAGAAGGACCCUUUGGACAAUGACAAGAGUUGCUACAGUGAACGGAAGAAAACACGGAAUUUAGAGGCUUAUGUGGAAUGGUUUAAUCGCCUCAGCUACUUGGUUGCUACAGAAAUCUGCAUGCCUGUGAAGAAGAAGCACCGGGCGAGGAUGAUCGAGUAUUUCAUUGACGUCGCUCGGGAGUGUUUUAACAUUGGCAACUUCAAUUCCUUGAUGGCAAUAAUCUCUGGCAUGAACAUGAGCCCCGUGUCUCGACUCAAGAAAACCUGGGCCAAAGUGAAGACGGCGAAGUUUGACAUUCUUGAGCAUCAGAUGGACCCUUCCAGUAAUUUCUACAAUUACCGAACGGCUCUCCGUGGGGCAGCACAAAGGUCACUAACUGCCCACAGUAGCAGAGAGAAGAUUGUGAUUCCAUUCUUCAGUCUUUUAAUCAAAGAUAUUUAUUUCCUCAACGAGGGCUGUGCCAACCGCCUCCCAAACGGCCAUGUCAACUUUGAGAAAUUUUGGGAACUGGCCAAACAAGUGAGUGAAUUUAUGACGUGGAAACAAGUGGAAUGUCCGUUUGAGAGGGACCGGAAGAUCUUGCAGUAUCUGCUCACCGUUCCCGUCUUCAGUGAAGACUCUCUGUACCUGGCUUCCUAUGAGAGUGAAGGACCUGAAAAUCAUAUAGAGAAAGACAGAUGGAAGUCUUUAAGGUCGAGCCUCUUAGGCAGAGUUUAACACACGGGUGCUGGCUGCUGCUGCUGCGCGGUCCCUGAGGGGCUGGCCUUCGUUGUCUGGCAUAUAGGACAAGGAAAAGUCCCGAGGUCCUGCAAGCAAGCUCACUCCGGAACGGACGGAGAACUUGUUCCCCGCAGCUGACAGGCUGACUCAGAUUUUGUGAGACUGAAAUGUUCACUGAAGACACUUGAGAGAGAAUCCUCUGAAGAUCCCAGAGCUGCGCGUGAUUCAUCGCCGGGAAUUUCCGUGUGAAUCACAGCUCUGCACCUGGAUGGAGCUUUCUGUUGUGUGUGUGUGUGUGUGUUUAUUAUUUGGUCGAACAUUUGCUGCUAAUGGGACUUGCCCAGCUGAGUGCUGGCUCUUCGGAAGCCCAUGUUUCUUUGUUAACUUAAAUGAAAAAGGGAGAGGAGGGAGAGGAAAAAGAGUCCCUGCAGUCAGACCCCAGAGGCCAGCCGGGCGAGCGGCCAGGGGGGGCACUGCCUGAAGGCGGCCGCGGACUCCGUUCCCCCCAGUUGUGCUGUGUUGUGAAUUCCUCUCCUCCCUCUUCUGGCGAGGUUUUGAGUUGGCUGCUGGUUAGCAAACUCCUUUUUACCCGUAUAAGUUAUUUAAUAUAAUAAUGAAACUCAACACUGUGGUAGGAGAAUAGCCACUAGAAAAAAAAUAAAAGCAGAGUUUGUCAUUGGACUGCUUGACGUCCUAGAAGGAGUUUUUGUUUCCUUGACCCCGCUCAGCUGUUUACAACUGAUCACUGUAUUGGACAGAUGUAUUUUUUAGUAGUUUUUUUUUGUGACUUAGUUUUCCAUGACGCAUAUUUUUUUUUUUUCUCUUGUAAAUUUAAAUGAUCUCACUUUAAGGGUCUUGGAAAAUCCCAUGGCCUGAUGACAGCUUAAUUUUUUCAACAGACUGUUGUUUUUCAUUGCCUUUCGGAGGCUGUUGGUGACUAAACAUGUGAACAAAGAAUAAGCUGGAAAAGUUACCACCACCACCCCUCUGCGACUGCAGCAGCGAGCAAAGCAAAGGAGAAACAUCUUGCUGUGAAGUCAAAGGCCGACCUAAUUGUGAAAUAGUUCACCUUGUUAAACAUCUAAAUAAGUCUGUAGUUGCUCUGUAAAAAGCCAUUAUACGUAUUUGCUCUAGGAGAAGCUGUAGCAUAGUAAACCAUGCUAAUGAAAACAAAACAAAACAUCAUGUUCAGCACAGAGAUGAAUUUGCGAACUUUAGUGACAUGGUUUCAGAAACAGAGCAUGUGUGGGCUGCGCGACAUCUCGGCAGACCUGAAAUGUCUCCACUUGUCCCUUUACAACCGUCAAUAUAUUUCACACUCUGCA